ACAGAGAGAAGGAUCUCUCCAUGAACUAUGUACUACCUCUGCCAUCACUGCUUCACAAGGAGGAGAGAAGAGAAAUUGACAAAUGUAAACAGUGGUACGGCUGUGUUGAAGGAAAUUACCUCCCAGAACCACAGGCAUACUGCCAGCACAAAGACAUUCAUCUGUUUUUUUUUUUUAACAGUCUGACUCACGGGCAAGACCAAGGGGAGAGAGGGGAGACAAAGGGUAAACAAGAUGGGAGGAGUGCAAGCUGAUUAGAGGCUACACACAAACAGCAUUGGGAAGAGGGAAAGAGAAGAAGGACCCACAACAUCUGAAAGUUUUAAACCUACGAUCGUGAUCGGUGAUGCAAAUCAGCACUGGGCAUUCCUCCAACGUGUGGAAGGGAAAAGAAAUUUCACAUCCACUUCUUCAGAGCGACACAGAUAAAGGAUCUGCCUCUGAGGGAAGGAAUUCUUUCAGAGUUGGGCCGGGUGGACACAUAAAAAUGUGAGCAAGAUAUGGAUGAAGAUUUUUACUAAGAAAUGAGUGAAGACUGCAGCAUGGUGGACACUGAGCUGUACAAAAUACAGCUUUUGCGACGACAGAAGGAAGCAACAGCUUUGAAAAUAACUCGACAGAAUAAAUCAAAGAGCAACUUAAUGGCAUAAUGGUUAUUGUCAAGACCAGAUGUUUUUGUGGACAAUAAAAAUGACAAGCAUUCUGACUGCCUGUGAGAACUACAGAAAGUGAAGAUUCACAGCAUCUCUCCAUGGAGGUUCCAACCGUUCUGGAAUAAUUUCCCAUACUGAAGUUAGUCCUGAAUUUUUUUUCGUCAUUAUACUUUUCCUAAAAUCCUAUACUGAUGGUCAGCGAUAGGGAUUUGUUUGCACACUGCACAAGGGAGGAAGCAUUCUGUGCACAGACACCGAACUGUCCUAUGCUACUGUGUGCCCUCCUCUGGUGGAUACAGUGACCAUGCUGACCAAGUCUGCAGCACCACAAAAGUCAGAGUCUCGACCCACACUAAGACCUGCUGUAACUUCUGCAGCGCCAUGUCUCAGCCAGUGGUGGCUGCACUCCAACAAAACAACUCGCAAACAGGAGAGGCACCUGAGAUUCAGCUGAAAUGGGCGGCCCUGCUCAUCAUCAUUUUUAUCAUCCCUACGAUUGGAGGCAAUAUCCUGGUCAUUCUUGCAGUGUCCCUCGAAAGAAAACUGCAAAAUGCUACCAACUACUUUCUGAUGUCACUUGCCAUGGCAGAUCUACUGGUGGGACUCCUAGUGAUGCCCAUUGCCAUGAUCACUGUUCUCUACAAUUCUGACUGGCCUCUUCCAGAGUUUCUCUGCCCUAUCUGGCUCUUCCUGGAUGUGUUAUUUUCCACUGCAUCCAUCAUGCACUUAUGCGCCAUUUCACUGGACCGCUAUAUUGCUAUCAAGAAGCCCAUCCAACACAGCCAGAACAAAUCCAGAGCUAAAGCGAUGGCCAAGAUAGCACUCGUGUGGCUCAUAUCCAUUUGUAUAGCAAUUCCAAUUCCUAUUAGAGGGCUCAGGAGUCACCAUCUACCAAACAACAUCACCUUCAACAACAACCACACUUGCCUGCUGAAAACAGACACCUUCCGGGAGUUUAUCAUGUUUGGCUCCUUGGCAGCAUUUUUCAUCCCUUUGAUGAUCAUGAUGGUCAUCUAUCUACUCACCAUCAAAGCACUGCACAAAAAAGUUUAUCUGCUGAGGUCAAAGGUGAAGCAACGGUUUACUUGCCCAACAGUCUGUGUGGUUUUUAAACCUGACCAAACUCAAACACCAUCUGCAGCUGAGCAACAGAUCAUGCUGGAGAACAAAUCGCCCAGGAAGCAAGAAAAGCCAAACACGGUCACUGAAAAUAAUACAGGAGAGAAUGUGCCAUUUCGCAGAAUGUCCAGCAUGGGCAAGAAAUCGAUGCAAAAUCUCAGCAAUGAGCAGCGCGCCUCAAAGGUGCUAGGAAUUGUCUUUCUCCUGUUUGUAGUCAUGUGGUGCCCCUUCUUCAUCACCAAUAUCACGUCUGUACUGUGCACCAGCUGCGAUGUUAAAAUAAUAGCCCGACUCAUGGAGGUCUUUGUUUGGGUCGGUUAUGUGUCAUCAGGUAUAAAUCCGUUGGUCUACACUCUGUUCAACAAAACCUUCAGGCAAGCAUUCACACGUUACAUCACCUGCAACUACAAACACUGUACUAGCUGUGGGCUUGGGAGGCAUCCAGGGACAUCAAAUGCAGAUCGAACCCUGACACGGAUUUCUUUCAGGCCUUCCAUGACAGAAAACUCUAAACUGUUUGUGAAACGAGGAAUGAAAAAUGGUAUUGGAACAGCGAGCUACCGAAGUCCACUGCGGCGCAGGCAAGCACCUGCACAGACAUGCAGUGGUGUUGUAAUAGACACACUGUUCCUGACUGAAAAUGAAAAUGGUAAACAGGGGGAACAUGUGAGUUCUUUAUAAAACUAUUAAUCCAAUUAAAAGAAACACUUGAACAGUA